AUGGCAUCCUUGCUUGGGACGAGGGAGAAGAGAGGAGAAGAGAGUGGCCCAUCAGUGGUCUCCAAGGUCCUUGUGGGUCUUCUUCCUAACCAGAUGACAUUUCUGCCCUGCUUGUACACAGCCCAAUCAUAUGACUGGCAUAAGAUUGUGGAGAUUGAGGAGACCCCUUCUCCUCCUUCUGUAUAUCCUGAUCUAAGGGGGCAGUUGAGUAAUGCAGUCAUCAUGAAGGUCACCAAAAUGCUCAAGCCUGAACAGAUUCAGAGCAAAAGAAAAUAAGAAGUUGAAAAGGUGGGGAACGGAAUCGCAGAGGGGCUGUCUCCACUUUUUUCUUCCCCUCCCCGACACAAUCUUUGGCGUCCCGCCCCCAACACCGGCCCGUCCACCCGCGGCGGCUCCGCAUCUCCGUCGGGCGGGGCCGGGCGGGGCCGGGCCGGGCCGGGCCGGGCUGUACCUGGGCCGGCCCCUCCCCGCCUCCGCCGCCGCUACAAAAGCGGCCUCGGGAGUCCCCGGCGCGGCUGCUGCCUCGCUGUGCCCGGCGCGGACCCUCCGCGGCCAGCGGGAGCCGGAGCUUGCCGGGCCCCCGCGCAUGGGGGGCCGCCCCCGGACAUGCCCUCCUCGCCACUCGGCUUCGCUCUCCUGCUGCUGGCGGCCGCGGGAAGGUCGCUCCCGGUGAGGCGGAGUUCAGAUGGGUCCCUCUCUGAGGUUGUGCAGAAAUGGAAGGAGUAUCAGCUCCAAUGCCAGAAAUAUUUGUAUGAGACACCUCCCAUUGUGGCAGAAGGCAAGUUCUGCAACAGAACAUUUGAUGAUUACGCCUGCUGGCCAGAUGGACUGCCUGGCACCUACGUGAAUGUCAGCUGCCCCUGGUAUCUUCCCUGGGCCAAUGCAGUGCUGCAUGGGCAGGUGUACCGCUUCUGCACCUCAGAGGGGACCUGGCUGCUGAAGGAGAACUCGACUCUGCCCUGGAGGAACCUGUCUGAGUGUGAGCCCUCUGACCAGGAUGCACCAGAAGAACAGCUCCUGAAUUUGUCCAUCAUAUACACCAUUGGAUAUGCUCUUUCCUUCUCUGCCCUUGUAAUAGCAACUGCCAUUCUUCUUGGAUUCAGACAUCUGCACUGCACAAGGAAUUACAUUCACCUGAACCUCUUCACCUCUUUUAUCCUCCGGGCUAUAUCUGUUUUCAUUAAAGACUCGGUGGUGAAGUGGAUGUACAGCACAGCCACACAAGAGUACCAGUGGGAAGGGCUUAUAGCCUUCCAGGAAUCUCUCAGCUGCCGUUUGGUCUUUGUGAUGAUGCAGUAUUGUGUGGCUGCAAACUACUACUGGCUGCUGGUGGAAGGCAUGUACCUGUACACACUGCUGGUGCUUUCUGUCUUCUCUGAGCAGAGGAUUUUCCGCCUUUAUCUCUGCAUUGGCUGGGGUGUGCCAAUGCUGUUUGUUAUCCUCUGGGGAACUGUCAAGUACCUUUAUGAAGAUGAGGGUUGCUGGACCAGAAACUAUAACAUGAAUUACUGGCUGAUCAUCAGACUGCCCAUUCUCAUCGCCAUCGGGGUGAAUUUCCUCAUCUUCAUCAGAGUUAUUUGCAUCAUCAUCUCCAAACUGCAGGCUAAUCUGAUGUGCAAAACUGACAUAAAAUGCAGGUUGGCCAAGUCUACGCUGACUCUGAUCCCACUGCUGGGGACCCAUGAGGUCAUCUUUGCCUUUAUUACUGACGAGCAUGCCAGAGGGAUGCUGCGCUUUGUGAAGCUUUUUACUGAGCUCUCCUUUGCUUCAUUCCAGGGGCUGAUGGUUGCAAUUCUUUACUGUUUCAUCAAUAAUGAGGUUCAGAUGGAGUUUCGGAAAAGCUGGGAGCGCUGGAGAUUGGAACACUUGUAUGUCCAGAGAGACAGCAGUAUGAAACCUCUGAAGUGUCCGGCCAACAGCAUCAGCAGUGGGGGCACAGUAGGCAGCAGUGUCUAUGCUGCCACUUGUCAGGCCACAUUCAGCUGAGAUUUCUGCAGGUGAAUCAGACUGAGAACAAUGAACUGUAUAAUGUACCUGAAAACCCUUAAAUACCCAAGCAAGAGGCUUAAGUUUGCCAUCUCCAGCAAGAAACUUGAGCAUGUGCUGCUCAUCGCCUGCAGGCUGCUGGACAAAGGUUUCUAGGGAAAGCAAUCUGCUAAUGUAAUGAACGCAUCAGAGGAAAAAUUGGUCAUGUCUAAAGUAAGUUGAAAGAGUUUUUUCCUAUUUGCACACAAGGCCUCCGGGAGUCCAAAACUUAAGCCUUGCAUUGAUCCAGUCUGAAACCACAGGGUCAAUGGCUUAUUACUGUUGAGUGGAUGAGCUGAGUGAUCCACUGAUUAAAUUACAAGGAUGUAGAAUAUGAUUGUUGCAAAAAAAUACAUUUAGACUUAUCUGGGGAUAGGGUAAGGUGCCAUUGCCAUUUUUAGAAAAAAAAAAUUUAGUGGGACCCAACUUGCGUUUCAGGGAAGAAUCAGUUUUAUAGCAGAGGUUUCCCAGAGUUAAGGUUGAAAAUAUGCUAAUCUGUUUUCUGGGUAGGUGAGGAACAGUAUCCUGAAGGUAGGAUGUAGAUACAGCAGGUAGUGUAGUGAGCACUUCUGAAUGCUAUCUUCAAGCUUCACUUAAAGUAUAAAAACCCAAACAAAAGAAAAAUGCAGUAUCUUGUUAGGUACCUCCUCUACUAGGAAUAGGUGCAUAUUGUCUUUGUUGACAUGGAUGGAAAUGUGCACAGCCCUUCCAUUGUCAGUGCUAGGCUGCCCACCUGGUGGCACACAGGUGUUCACAGGGAUGGGGUGAUGGCUCGUGUUUCAAGAGAACCUUUUCUGUCUGAGCUUUACUCUGCUCCUUGUGGGUGCAAUUACACAGAAAGGAGUCAGCUUGGGGCCACUGCUGGUCUCAGCAGACCUCUCCUUGUUGCAAAGAUUCUCUAGCUGGCAGUGUGUGCUCGCUUUUGUUUCCCCUCGGCCUUGGUUCUUCUCUCCUGUGACACAAGAUACCCUCGCGCAGGAGGGGGAGAUGGCCCUUGUGCAGGGCGCGGGUUCAGGACCAAGGACAGCUCCCGCCCCCUUUCCCGGGGUGGGCUGCCAUUCUCCAGCGCCUGCCAACUUCCCAUCAGCGGCAUUCCAAAAAAACCCCAAACAAAACCAACAACUCCAAACAAAAAAUCCUGAACUCCAUGACCUUUUUUUCUGUCUGUUAAAAACAGUGACUGCAUGUGCACUGUGUAGUGUGUUCCCUCCCUGACACUGACAAGAGUUGCUGGGGACAAACAAAGUACCUUUAGAAGCUGGAUGUGAUAGGUUGCGUCACUUAGUAGCAAGCUUUGCACAGCUUUACUCUUACUUGGGCUCCCUUUACAACAAAGAGGCGAAGUGCCAAAGAUGAGCUCUGAGAAUCUCCCUGCUCACAGAUUUUGUGUAAUAAAUAAGUAACUUCCAUGGCAAAGCAGUUACAACAACUCAACAGAAAUAACCCUCCCUAUUUUCAAGUCUCUUUGCACUUGCAUUCACAGCCUCUAUUACCAAGAAAGUGGACUGGAUAUUCUGGGAUGUAACUCAGCAUCUUUCCAGCCUAAAGCUAGAUUGCUUUGCAUGGGAUUAUUUAAUCAUUAUAUUAGAAUCCUAAUUGCCAACAGCAUGGAUUAGUUUUGCAGUCAUAGGGUUAGAAUUGAAUUAAAGAGGAUGUGUUACCACCUUCAGCUCUAAUGCUAGUAAUUGAACUCCAGGGAGAAAGACAUGUUUGCAGAAAUCCACCACAGUUCUCAGGCUGGCUUAUGUGUCUUCAGCAUGCUGGCUUCUCUGCAGGCUGCUUCCAGACCUUCCCUCUCUUAACACCGGUUGCAAAGCUGAAUUUGGAACAAAGCACUUCAGAUUCUUCUGUAUAUUUAAUAACUAGCUUCUGUGUUGUGUGACCAUCAAUACAAUACUUGUCUACUUUAUGCAGGCAUUAAUUGCUGACCUGCAAGUUAAUUAAUUAGCUUCCUGUAUGUACAGAGUAUGCUUGAUGUUUCUAUCUAAUGUCUAUCCUGAAGUGCUAAGAACAGGAAAAAAGUACUAAAGAUUGUCACUGGCAGGUGAAAGGGCAGCAUGGUGACAGAUGCAAUUUACUGCUGUGGCUUAAUGCACACUGGUGGGAAUAAUUUCACUCAUUAAUAUUCAAGAGUGGAUGCUAGUCCUGCUUAGUUGUGUGCAAACCUGGGAAAAAAGUUUCUGCUGCUUGCACAGCUGAAAUGGCAAGAUGAUAGUUUUGUUAUGACAACAGGAAGUUACAGAAGUGUUCUAGCUCACUGCAGUGCUGGACAAACAAGUGUGUGUAACAAAUGAAAGAGGACAGACAUGGGAAUAGAGAGCAUUUAUUUCCAUGUGUGGUCAUAAACCUGUACUUGCUGUCACAAGCACGAUUCAACAGCUUGAUGUGCUUUUGAGUUAGCAAGCUGUUCUUGUCCCUCCUGCUCAUUUGUGACUGAGGGCUUUGGGCCCACAGGAAUAACUCCAGUUAACUUGGUGACUUCUGCUUUGUUAGAACACAAGGGAAAAGUAAGGUAACAAAGUGAGGUCUUAGCCAAGCAAAAGGCUGCAGAGGAAAUUUUGUCCCCCCUCUAAUUAAGCUCUCAUUAGUUCAAACCUUUUUAAAUCCCCUCUCAAAACAACUCAGUGGAAGUAAUUAACACCAAGCAGAAUUACAGUAUAUGUGCAUUUAGAGACUGAGCAAGGCCUCAGUGCCAAUUUCUCCAUCAUACUUCAUCUACUUCAGUAAAACCUUUUACAAGCCUUUGUUAUUCAUGCCAUCUCUGUUUCACAAUGUGUAAUGUACAUUUUUUUGAGUAGCAUGAAAUUCGCAAACCAACACAAAGCACUGGAAGAGAUGAACUGUGUCAGUUUUUAUUUCUUGUGCCUUUUGGCUUCAUGCUCACUUAUUGUGGUAACUUGUUUCAUGAAGCAUUAAAUACAAGAGUCUAUAAAUCCACCUGGACAUAAUGCAGCUAGAGUGUAUAGCAAGUGAAAACUUUAUUUCCAGCAUUGCUGCUACGAAUUUUUAUAAUUUCAUUGAUCUUACCUUAUAUUUAAUAUUUAUUUGCAUGUAUUUCCUUGUUUUAAAAAAUACCCACAGAACUGAACUGUACAAGAUGUCAGAUUAUCGACUCCCCAUAAGCACUAUGCUGAUGUUUAUUUUUAUUGUUGUGAAUAAAGUUUAAACUCACAAAAUUCCAUUGCUUACAGGUGUUUUAAGUAUCAUCUAACUACUUCUUACCCUGUUGCUAGAAUACUUUUUAAGAAUGGAAAGAUUCUGUGGUUCUUUCAGGGAAACAAUGCUUUGUAUGUGCAACUGUGUGUCCACUACCUAGAGGUGUUUGACCCUGCUGAGCCUGCAUUAAUCAAAUACAAAAUGCAGCAUGUUGUAGAGUCAAAAGGAAUCAGUAAGAAUAAUGAAAACUCUGGGGGUGGUUUCACUGGAGGAUGACAGAAUAUGUGCAAAUGACAAAAUUUUUUGCCUUCAAGUAGCAGAACUUGGAAUUUAUACAACGGCCCAAGACAGAAACUGCCAGGGGGCUGUGGAGGGCUACUGAGAGAUGCUUAUCAGUGUUAACAUAUUACAUGUGCUUUAAUCUAUUACUGUCUUACCAGUCCAGCUAAAUUCAAAGCACCACUUUCUUUUUUUUCUACAACCAAUGAUCCAAUUUGUGUUGAGUCAAAUCUUAAUGUGUUUAACUGUUAAAUUAGAAAAGACAUAGUGGAACAUGACUUGAAAGACCAAGUAGUGACUUUUCUUCUUAACUCUGUCCUCAGAGACCCAAGUUCUUGCAGCUGCUCUUCAAAAUGAUGACUUAAUGAACCAUAAAAUUGUUAUGGUUGAAAAAGACCUUAAAGAUCAAGUCCAACUGUCUAUGUAGCAUCACCACCAUAGACCAUGUUUUAGAACACUAAAACAUGUUUUCAUAUUCCACACCCAUGUGUUUUUUCCAUGCUUUAAGCAGAGGUGACUACCACUUUGCUGAGCAGGUCUGGCUCAAUGCAAUGAUCUACAUAAUAAAAACAUCAGUGGAUCAUACAAAUACACCUGCCAGGAAUAAGUAUUUUUCAGCUUACAAUUAGGAAAACUGUAAUAUGAAGCAAAAAAGGAAUUAUAAUCUGAUGUUUGUGUUAGGUGAAAGACACCACUGCAAACCAAAGCAGCAGCAGCUUAUUUUAGGUAUAUGGCUAUUGCUUCUCGUCGUUCAGCAUAAGGUUUCCAGCCGGUGCAGGGGAGAGCAGCAGCAAUCCCUUCUACUGCAGGUGUCGUCACACGCCAGC